AUGACUACAUUUUCUAUCGAGGGAAGUGACUCACCGGUUCUCCCUUCCCCAGCUUUCAGGAAAGAUCCGACGCAGCCAUCGAGGAGAUAUAAGCUUGCCAGCCCGGAGUGGGGGGAAAGAGUAGCUCCUUGCCAACAGCUGAAAAUUCUACAGUGGUUCAGUCUGAUUCGUUCAUCCGGAAGAAAGGAGGCACGUAUCGAAGGAGAAGAGGAAGAAGCGGGGAUGACACCGCUCUUUGCUUUAAAAAAUAGCACAGUAGCAAUAGCAUUAGCAGGGGAAGGAGAAGUUACUGGUCUUUCUUUAGCAGGGCGCUCAAGGGAGCAACUCGUAGAGGAAUUCGAUUCGCCAAUAGAAGACUCAGAUGUCGCCUUUCGGGUUGUAGGGCCCAAGGGGAUCUCCCUCUUUGCCAGUAGCUAG